UGCAUAGACAGUGAGAUGUCAAAAGAGCGUAAUUCUUCUUCUUUUAUCUAAUUCUAACUCGUAAAACAAAUCCCAGAAAAAGACGAUUUAUCGAUAACUCGAUAAUAAUACAAUUUUUAAAUUGUAAAUAGACAUGAGUCAGAAACUGCGAAUUAAUUAAACGAAAUUUUAAGAACAUUUUUUAACAUCCAGAGAAUUUAAGCAAUAUUAAAUUUUAUUAAACCUUGGAUUUAAAGAAAGCUUUCCGUUUUGAGUAAGGCUUAGUAGAAACGAGAAAAAAAACGUCAUCAGUAGAAAACAUUUGUACACACGGCAAUGGAAGAAGUGAAAGUGGAUAUAAGCGGUGAUAUGAACGUUCCCCUAACUAGUACCAAAUCGCAAUUCGAUUUUGCAUCGCUCAAUCAAUGGCAGAAACUACCAAGCCCCAUGGAAAUCCUACAGUUGGUCCGCAAAUCCAUACGUCCUUGGUCGGAAUUCAUAAAUACUUCAAAUUUCAAAACCGCCGCCAGUAUGCAACGCUUAACAGCUCGUUUUGUGCGAAAUUUGGAUUAUUUCAAAAGCAAUUAUAUAUUUGUAUUUAUUGUUUUGAUGAUUUAUUGUCUCAUUACUUCCCCUUUGAUUUUACUUGUAUUGGUCGCUGUUGCCGCGGCUAGCCACAAAAUUAGGCAAUUGCAAGCAUCGGUUUCAAUUUUUGGCCACCAGUUAAGUACUUCGCAUCAGAUAAUGGCGAUAAACAUAGCUUCCCUUCCUAUAUUAUUUUUGGUGGGAGCUGGAUCUGCACUAUUUUGGACUUUAGGUGCUUCCUGCUUUGUUAUAUCACUACACGCGUUUUUCUACAAUAUUGAUGCUAUUGUUACCGAGGACACUGAAGGAUUUUUGGCGGAAGUCGUUUAAAUCCAAUUAAGUCCUAAUCAGUCCUAAGAGAGGCCUUAUCACAUAUAUUUAAUAAUGUAUUAUUUUUCUCAUCUUCCGAGCGAUUUUACUUUUAAUAAAUUAAACGUUAUCGUACUAGAAGCUAUGCAUGUGACAAUCCGUA